AUGAAUGACUUUGACACGCUACUUGCAAACAUAAACAGAAAUUAUAUACAUCCACCUCCCGAAAUUGAUGAAGCCAAGCCACUUUCCACUUAUGGAAAAAUUCAACAACACAAGAAAAGGAAGAAUACUGUAAUUUAG